AUGAUUUCGGCAUAUUGUCAGAGAGGGUAUGCCUCUCAAGCUUUGAAUCUUUUUAUUCAAAUGUUAAGAUCAGGUACGGAACCUAACGAGUUCACUUUUGCUACAGUGCUCACUUCAUGUACAAGGUCUCUGGGUUUUAUUUUAGGGAGGCAAAUCCACUCUCUUAUCAUAAAAUCAAAUUAUGAAGAUCAUGUUUUUGUUGGCAACUCACUCCUUGACAUGUAUGCCAAAGAUGGUAAAAUUCGUGAAGCUCAAACAGUGUUUGAAUGCUUGCCAGAAAGAGAUGUAGUUUCUUGUACUGCUAUAAUCUCUGGAUAUGCACAACUUGGUUUGGAUGAAGAGGCAUUGGAGCUAUUUCGCCGUUUGCAAGGGGAAGGAAUGCAAUCAAAUUAUGUUACUUAUACUUGUGUUAUAACUGCGCUUUCUGGGCUUGCUGCUCUAGAUCUCGGUAAACAGAUGCACAGCCAUGUUCUUCGCUCUGAAAUUCCCUCAUUUGUGGUUCUCCAAAACUCAUUGAUUGACAUGUACUCAAAAUGUGGAAAUCUCACUUACUCAAGAAGGAUAUUUAACACCAUGUAUGAGAGAACUGUUAUGUCUUGGAAUGCAAUGCUUGUUGGGUAUAGCAAACAUGGAGAGGGAAGAGAAGUGCUUGAGCUUUUUACUUUAAUGAGAAAAGAAAACAAAGUCAAGCCCGACAGUGUCACAAUUUUGGCUGUCUUAUCUGGUUGCAGUCAUGGAGGACUGGAAGACAGGGGACUGAAUAUUUUUCAGGAGAUGACCAGUGGAAAUUUUGGAGUUUUGCCAAAGAUGGAGCACUAUGGGUGUGUUGUUGAUUUGCUUGGUCGUUCUGGUAGAGUAGAAGAAGCUUUUGAAUUCAUUAAAAAAAUGCCUUUUGAACCAACAGCUGCUAUAUGGGGUUCCCUUUUAGGUGCUUGCAGGGUACACUCAAAUGUUGUUGACAUUGGUGAAUUUGCAGGUCAUCAACUUCUCGAAAUUGAGCCUGGAAAUGCUGGGAAUUAUGUUAAUCUGUCUAAUUUAUAUGCGUUGGCAGGAAGAUGGGAAGAUGUAAGAUCACUAAGGGACCUCAUGUUGAAGAAGACAGUAACAAAAGAGCCCGGAAGAAGCUGGAUUGAGCUUGAUCAAGUACUUCAUACUUUCAGCGCAAGUGAUCGCUCUCAUCCAAGACGAGAAGAGAUAUGUGUGAAAGUGAAGGAAUUAUCAGUUAAGUUUAAAGAGGUUGGUUACGUUCCUGAUUUGAGUUGUGUUUUACAUGAUGUGGAUGAAGAGCAGAAGGAGAAGAUACUUCUAGGCCACAGUGAAAAGUUGGCUUUGUCUUUUGGUCUAAUUGCUACACCUGAAAGUGUUCCAAUCCGUGUCAUAAAAAAUCUGCGUAUUUGUGUUGAUUGCCAUAACUUUGCUAAAUAUAUCUCAAAAGUCUAUGGCAGAGAAGUGUCUUUGCGGGACAAAAAUCGGUUUCAUCGAAUUGUCGAAGGGAAAUGUUCCUGUGGAGAUUACUGGUAAGAAGACCCUGAUAGAGAGCACUCAAUGACUAGGUUCUUGGUACUGUGCAAUUUAUGAGGUGAAACAG